AUGACACAAGAGUGGAACGAUGAGGAUGAAGAGCUCAACUUUGUGAGAUUGUGUCAGGAGUUUGAAGGUUUGGUUCAAGGAGAGCUGAGAAGAGUUGAGGAGUUUGAUAUCUCUUCGAGCGAUGAAGUGGAAGAGAUCGAGGAAGAACCUACUGAUGGUUUGAUGGAGUGGUACCAAGGAUGGUGGUUCUUGGAAACAGAAGUUGAAAGAAGUGUGAGAAUGGUUUCUGAAGGAGAUGAUGUGAGAAGAACAGCAAGAGAAGUGGAUGCAUGUGAGGUAGUGCUCGACAGUGGAGCUGACUGCCAUGUGUUGCCUAUGGAUUGGGCAGAAGAAGUCGGAGAAACUUCGAACUUUGAGUACCAUCUGAAAGAUGCGCAAGGGAAAGUGAUCCCAACGUUGCCUGUGAGGCAGAAUGUGACGUUUGUUUUCACGAAGGAGCCUGGAAAGAAGUUGAAGAUCACUGACAGUGCUGUUUGCGGCAAUGUCACCCAACCUUUGUUUGCGGUAGGAAAGAUGUGGAAGCUAGGUUGGGGUACGGUGAAUGAAGAUGGAAGAUUGUGGUUGAAGAAAGGAAGUGUUCGGAUACCGAUAUACUUCAAAAGGAAUUCCUCAAUGGCGAGGAUGUGUAUACGGAGACUUGAAGGAGAAGAGAUGACGGUACAGCCUGUGAGGCUGGAGCGAGAACUGAAGAAUGAGUUGAAGAGCAAAGAAGAUGAAGAUGGUUGGUUUGUGCUAAAUGACGGCACGCCUGCAAGGUUUGAUUGGUUUAUGGGGAAGACGUUUGACCCAACGGGAAAGAUGAAAAGAAGUGGAGAAAGAGUGUUGAAUGAAGUGGAUUGGAAGAGUAUGGAUUUCUUUGAGUGUACGGAGAUCUGGAAGGAUCGCGAAAGAGUGCAACUUGGGGCAAGUCCUCAAGCAAGGUUUGAGGUGAUGGUCACCUUGUUGGAAAAAGGAUUGAAGGAACCGAGCGACUAUGGGUUGCUCACGAAUUUGGAAGAGCUUGAAAGAGAACUGGCACAAGAAGGAGUGCCAAUGGAGGCAUAUCAGCCGGAGCUUUUGCAACUUUCGGUUGGAGCUCCAUGGGAUCAUCAGCUGAAGGCUUUGAGGUUUAAGAAGAAGAGAAUUGUGCCUAUUGAUGAUGGGCCAGGACUGCCAAGAUUGGCGGUGGAAGCUGACAAAAGAGUAGAAGAAGAAAGGAGAAGCGAGCCUUCGCCGCCAAGCGACCGCCAAGGAAGCUCAAGUUCUUCUAGCAAGAGUUCGUCGCUAUCUGGAGCAACGCAAGAAGCAAUGGACGACGAGAGCGAUGACGAUGACGAUGAUCCAGGAGAGGUGAGAACAAAGAGAAAAGCAGAAGAUGAAUUGGUGCCCGAUGAAAUGACGUUGGAAGAGUUUCAAAGAGAAGUUGCAAAGAGGAAUGCAGAAGAAGAAGGAGAAGGUUCACCAAAGAAAGAACCAAGAGUAGACGAAGGAACUGGAGAGGUAGAAGAAAGAGUUGAAAAAGUGCCGAGACUUGGAGACGAAGCACGAGGAAGCGCGGCACGAGUGGAAUACCACAUUCGGAGAUUCGCCAAGAGCGAAGAUCCCGAAGAGCAUGGAGAUGAGUAUGUUGAUCUCGACGAGACCCAGUUGUUUCUGGAAGAAAGUCGAGAGUUCCAGAGCAAGUGGAACGAGAAGGUGUGUGAGACAGAAGAGGACCUAACGGUUACUUGGUCUCACGAGUAUGAUGAUGGGCAACCAAAGUUGGAAGAUGAAGAUUUGGAAAAGGUG